AUUGCACCGAACGCGGCCGAAAAGCUUCUUCGUAGUGUCAUUCACCCGCUUCUCCAAAAGUUGCUACUGCUUCAGCAACAAGUCAGCUUGCUUGACACAUUGCACGAAGUUCUAGACGGCACAGAACUGAACAUAAAAGAUCGGUCAGCAGAUGUAGCCCUACUCGAGUCAACUGCAAACAGUCGAGGAGGCCCGACUGGCGAUGGGGUAAACGAGCAGCAGGGGACCGGCGAGGAAGCGAGCGAUAACUCAGCAGAGCUAGUGACGGAUUGUUUUGAACUAAUGAAUAAUGAGAGUGAUAUCCGAGCUGCCUGGAAAAAACAACAAUCAAGCCAGCUUUUGGAAAGGCUAUAUGGCUCAAUUGUUGAUCUCUUCGUUUACAAAUUUCAUUUCCAAGGCGUGGAUGCGAGGCAACAGACAGAAUCCUUGUUGGCUCUUUUGAAAUCCUACGAUCUGGAUUCUGUUGUCAACUUUUUUAUGGACAUUAAUCCGUGA